AUCAGUUUCAAUUUUUAUACUCUCCAAGUUAUUGUUACAGCGUUUAAUAGUUUUGUUUAUCUAACGGUUCAGGUUUGCAAACAAUGCAUUAAAAAAUUAUUCAAUUAACAGUUGACGUCGUCAAUAAUUUCAUAAAUAAGAUGGUAAGCAAAGGCUUCAUAAGAGUCAGGGGAAAUAUAACAUCAUAUUGAUAGGGUUAUCUUACUGUGUGGUUAUACUUUUCAUAUGACAAAAUUUUAAAUUUCGUCUGUUUCUUUCAUAUUACAGCAUAAACUCAAACACCAAUGAAAUAAUCGAAAGAAAUAGACCUAAUAAAAGUAAAUAUUUGCGAAAUGACAAAAUAUUCCCUUGAAAACUUAAAUUACUAUCUUCCCCUACUCGUAAUAUGCGCGAUGUAGUGAAUUUCAUCGAUUUUGACUUCUCCUCUGACUUUAAAGUGUUUUAAAAAAGUGUUAUUUUACCUUCCACCGAGGAUAUAGUUAUUAUGUGUGUAUGUGUGUAAUCAAUUCAAUAUAAUUUGCAGAGGUAACACUCAUAAAUGUGUAUUUUUUUUUAUUUUUUGCAGCUUAAUUAGAGUUAAUUACCAGACCCAUGAAUGUUGACGAUUAACACUUACAUAUGUACAAAAUUCCUAGCACUUAUUACUUAGGAGCCUUAAAAUGCUGAGUCAAUUACGGGUUUAUUGAAUUCGCUUAAUCUUUGAAGUUUCAACUAUUGAUGAGCCAUGCAAACUGCUGCUGAUUGCAAUGGUACCAAAAGCAACAACAACGGUGUCGCGACCACCACAAUCACGCAAAGCGAUAUAACGAGUGCAGGCAGUUGCGACGAACUUUUAUCGCAUGAUGUAACGUCAGCCGGGAACUUCACGCCAACCGUUUUGCUGAACCCAGUGGCAAUGUUGGAACAAACGAGUGUGCUGCGCCACCGUUUGCAAGUGGGCGUCGGUGUGGGCCAUAGCAUCGGGACCUCGGUAAUGAACUACGGUUGCCCGGCUACUGUAGGAACUACCACAAACAAGGUUGGAAGUUUUACUUCACAUCCCAUUGAUAUAGUUGAAUAUCUUGGUAGCAACACAGACCGUAUGUCUGUUACACCGUCUCCUUCACCACAAGCAUCGCCGUCAAAGAGAAUAGAGAAAAACUCUGUCGUCAUAUCAACAAAUUCAAUGUCGAAUACCAUGCCGAAUACAGAAUUUAAGUUGGGGUCUGGGCAAUCCAAUAUUUCUAACUCAAGUUCCAGCAGUAAUUCAAGUUCUAAUUCGACUAUAUCGUCUGUGAUCGCAACACCAAUUAGUAUUAAGCAAGAAAUGGAUCGACGACAAACACUGGUUGUAGAAAGCUGUUUCGAUGGCUUUAACAUUGACGCUGGUGCUACGUUCUCGACAUCAGGAGAUACAUUAGCUUUAAAUGGCAAAGAACGUGCCGAACACCGAGAUGUACUCCCUAUUAGAGGGCUUCCACCACAUACUGCAAACGAGGAACAUUUAGGAUCGACACCGCGGUCGCCACUGUCAUCGCCAUCAUCGCUGACAUCAUCAACACCUAGUAUGAAUUCGGAAAGCACAUCGAUCGUGCAGUCAUCGAAAAGUUCAUUAAAUCUAAAGUCACUCGUAACAACGCAAACACCCGCAUUCAAUUCCACUAAGCAGCUACAGAAAUGGCAGGAUAUGCCAAAAUAUUUGCAGUUCAAUCCAUAUGUGCUGAACGGCUACCGACCCCUGACAACAUUCCGUGGCUGUCUGUGGAGCUUGUUUUCCUGGCACAAUGAAACCGUUAAUAUACUCACUCAUGCCAUUCCGAUUUUCUACAUUUUGGCAAUUGUACCGGGUCUUAUGCCUUGGGAGCAGGAAUACCGUUUUUUAUCAUUUUGCCAUCUUUUCGGUUCGGUAGCUCCAUGGUGCGGAAGUUUUAUAUAUCAUCUGUUCAUGAAUAUUGAAAGUGGAGAACACGUCUACUACACUUUGCUGAAAUUGGAUAUGGUCGGUAUAUGGGUCAGCCAAAGUUUUGGUGCUUUGCCGCUCGUCACAGCAACCACGUUUUGUUUUAGUCCUUUUUGGAAAUGGUUUAUCAUAUUAUCCUACUGUUUACUGUCGCUUUGGGGUCUAUAUAAAGCUCUAACGGCAAGUUCCCCUUGGCAACGUCGCCUUUGCUUCGCUCUGCCCUUCACUAUGCGUUCAAUAUUGACACUAUUUCGAACUAUGGAUGUAUGGGUUGGAGGAAGCCGGAUAGCACUUUCUCACGUUUACCUACAGGAUGGUGUAUCUAUAUUGGGUGGUGCUAUAGGCGCUCUGCGUAUACCGGAGAAGUGGUUUCCUGGCGUUGUGGAUUUCUAUUUAAAUUCCCAUAAUAUUAUGCAUGUGCUGGUGGUAGUUGCGGUGUACUCAAUGCAUAAAGCAACAGUAAAAGACUUUGAAUGGAUGUCGGCAACGAAUUGCAAUGCUCCUGCAAAUAACACCGCCAUACUAAUGGAUACUUUUACCUCAAAUGUGGAACUAUGACCUCUUAAAUACCACAUAUUAUACAGUUAUUUGUUUCAGUACAACUAUAAAUAUACUAAUAUAAAAAGGCUCUGAGUACGCAAUUCAUGUGUUAGCAAAUUUCCAUCGAUGCAGCAAGUGGUAUUUGUUAAAAAUUAUUCAGUUAUACAAUAACCGCCGAAAAUAAAGCCACAAAAAAGUAUAGGCUGUAAAUGUAAAGUUAAAAAAGUAGAAAAUUAUUAUUCUUCCAUACUUUUUAUGAAUUUCAAUAAGAAUUUGUAAUUGGAGUAAACGCGGAAUAUGGACACCUACUUUUCUAUUAAAAAAUAUGAUCGUUGUUAUAUUUA